AUGGCUCAAGACGGAUCAAGCGACCCGAAGAGCUAUGUGCUCUAUUAUAAUCCCUUUUCGAUCUGCUCGCUGAUGGUGCUGCAUACCAUUGAGACGCGAGGCUCAGCGAAAGAUUCUGCUUCCGAGAUGGCCAUUGUGCCGGAAGUGAUAGAUAUCUUUCACGAGGGCCAGCUGAGUGAGCAUUACCUUUGUGACAUCAAUCCAGAGGGCCAGGUUCCCGUCCUCUACAGCCCAGCUCUCCUGAAAAAGCCAAUUGCUGAUAGUCUGGAAAUCACCGAAUACAUGGCGGAGAGGUAUCCAAGUCUGAUUCCGAAGGAGCACGAACAGCUCAUCCGGCGUCUCCUUGUCGACUUGCAUGCCCUAAACUUCUUUUCUUUAUCCUUCCCCGGGCGGCCGACGGUGGCCGCAGGUAUGAAGGCUGCCGUCGUUCGACGUCUGCAGAUGCCUGGGAUCUCCGAGCGUUAUCGAGAGGCCCUGAAGUUUAAACUCACCGUUCUUGACAGGGACAAAAUUGGCGGCAUCGUGCCGGAAGUCGUCCAGGACAUGGUUACACGAGCAAAGAACUUCUUAGCUGAAGUGGAAUCCAUGGUUCCUGAUGCCCCUUGUAUCUGGCUGUUCGGAGAUGCUCCCACCGCUUUCGACGCCCAUCUCGUUGUUUUCCUUGCGCGCAUGAAAGAUGUCAAACGCGACAACUUGUUCCCGCCAAAGGUGGCGAGGUUUGCAGAGCGAGCCUUUGAGACUCCAGCCUGGAAAGCAGUCAUACAAGACAGAAAGACGAUGGUGGGUGAGUAUUAG